AUGGGCGCCGCGGGCUCCAAACUCGAGAAAGCUCUCGGCGACCAGUUCCCUGAAGGAGAACGCUACUUCGGAUUCGAGAAUUUCGGCAACACUUGUUACUGCAACAGCGUUUUGCAGGCUCUUUACUUCUGUGUUCCCUUUCGUGAACAAUUGCUUGAAUACUAUACUAGUAAUAAAAGUGUCGCCGAUUCUGAAGAGAAUCUUAUGACCUGCUUGGCGGACUUAUUCUCGCAGAUAAGUUCCCAGAAGAAGAAAACAGGUGUUAUUGCACCUAAGCGAUUUGUACAGAGGUUGAAGAAACAGAAUGAGCUGUUCCGGAGUUAUAUGCACCAGGAUGCACAUGAGUUCCUGAAUUAUUUGCUGAAUGAAGUUGUUGACAUACUGGAGAAAGAGGCAAAAGCUACAAAAACUGAACAUGAAACCUCAUCGUCAUCAUCUCCCGAGAAGCUUGCAAAUGGACCUAAAGCUCCUCAGGCAAAUGGUGUGCAUAAAGAGCCUAUUGUUACUUGGGUGCACAAUAUCUUUCAAGGCAUACUUACCAACGAGACAAGGUGCCUGCGGUGCGAGACUGUGACAGCAAGAGACGAAACAUUCCUAGAUCUAAGCCUUGACAUCGAACAAAACAGUUCAAUAACCAGCUGUUUGAAAAACUUCAGCUCCACAGAGACACUUCACGCUGAAGACAAAUUCUUCUGUGACAAAUGCUGCAGCUUACAAGAAGCACAAAAGAGGAUGAAGAUAAAGAAACCGCCACACAUCUUAGUCAUCCAUCUCAAACGAUUCAAAUACAUUGAGCAGCUAGGCCGCUACAAGAAGCUCUCUUACCGAGUCGUCUUCCCUUUGGAGCUGAAACUAAGCAACACGGUGGAACCAUACGCGGACGUGGAGUACUCUCUGUUUGCAGUGGUGGUCCAUGUGGGAAGUGGACCAAACCAUGGGCAUUACGUUAGCCUUGUGAAGAGCCAUAACCAUUGGCUCUUCUUUGAUGAUGAGAACGUGGAGAUGAUUGAAGAAUCAGCCGUGCAAACAUUCUUUGGAUCGUCUCAGGAGUAUUCGAGCAACACUGAUCAUGGUUACAUCUUGUUCUAUGAGAGCCUUGGACCAACCAAGUAA